AGCUCAUAUCUCUCCAUUUACAUGUGGGUUUAUCUCACUUGACACAGAUAAGUGGAGGGCUGGUGUCAUUGUGAUGUGAACCCGAGGUUGAAGUCCAGCAGUGACUGGGACACCGAGGGGGGAUUUUGAGUGAACUUUGAAUCUGAACUCGGCAGUUGACGGCGACAACUACAGCAGGAGUGUGGGGAACAAAUUGGGGCCAGAGAACAACAUAUAUCCGUCAGCGUAUACAUGUGGCACUACUGAAGCUGAAGGAUGAAGUGUUUGAGCGACUGGCUGCCAGCGGCGGCCCUGCUGCUGCUCAGCGUGGCUGCAGCUGACACGAAGCAUCUCCAGGCUGAGAACCUGAAUAUGAUUCAUCCAGAUGAACACCAGUUGGUCCUCAACCGAGGAAUGAGAGCGCUGCCCAGAGACUGCCAUGAAAUGCUGAUGACGUCUUCAGGCCAGGCCAGAGACGGGGUGUACCUGAUCCAGCCGAGCAACUCCCCCAUCGUGGCCUACUGUGCCAUGCAGGAGGGAGGCUGGACCGUGGUGCAGCACAUCACCGUCAACAGCAGCGUGAACUUCGAUCGUACCUGGGUGGAGUACAAGCUCGGUUUCGGGCAUGUAACCGGCGAUCACUGGCUUGGGAACGAAUACCUUCAUCAGCUCACCCGUGGCCCUGGGCGCUAUAAACUUGGAGUGAAACUGGUGGACCGAGACGCCAUCACCAAGAUGGGGGAGUAUGAUCCAGUCCUGGUGGAGGAUGAGUCGUCUGCAUACAGACUGAGGCUGGGGUUGUUCCAGGGUACGGCCGUGGACGCUCUGACGCUGGACACGGAGAACUACCUGCACGACAACCAGAGAUUCACCACUAAAGACAGAGACAACGACAACUACUUCCAAAAUUGUGCGAAGCUGGAAUUUCAAGGGGUGCCGGGAGGAGGGUGGUGGUAUGACGCCUGCGCCGGCGCCAACCUCAAUCGCAGGAACGUCAUCUACUGGCAGAAGGACUGCAACAAGGAGCGGCUGUGCAAGUACGCAUGGAUGAUGGUGAGACCUGCGGACACAUUCAAACUGAUUCAGAGUGGAGACUGCAAGAAGGACGAGCUAUGAGGAGGACAGUCUCAGGAUUUGUGGUGAUAAAUGUCACUGGGUUUGGCAGCUACUGAGGGCCAAGAGUUUGGUUUCUUUAGAUUUUUCUUUGCAACAAACUGGACGUCAAAUUCACCACAUUUUAUUCAGAAAUGCAUGGACAUGAUCACAAAAUACUGAAAAGAACAAAUAAAUGAAUCACAAACUUGGAACACGGUAUAAAAAUGCAGUAUGGUUUUAGCUCUAGCUUUGUUUCCAUCACACACUAACAUGAAGCAAAGGGGCUCUUUCAUUCCCCAAGUUGCGAGUGCAGAUUUCUGGUUCGUCACAGUUACAAAAAAAAAAAAAAAAAGUUUCAUGACAUUUUAAUCUCGUGACACGUGUAAAAUAUCUGGUGCAUUUCAUCUCCCAUCCCCAGCUAGCUUACAACAUUGCACGAACAACAUUUUAUUUUUUGCCACAGUACAAUACAAGUUUGCCAGAAAUACAAUGAAGACAUGAUGAUAUAUUGAUCUAGCAACAGUAAAUUCAGAGAAAACAAAUACUGUAUAUCGAUACUCGAAGAAAAACAAAAUAUCCUGAGGAUGAAGAGUAAUAACCAGAUGAAUAAUAAAUCACGUGUGCUCUUGAAUCCCCCACAAUUGUCCUGUUGUAAACAUCGUUGAGCGACUUUGUCAUGUAGUGUUGAUAAAAUGGCUGACAAGUCAUUUUGAGCCUCAUUUCUGUAAUCUAUGGUGUCAUUACUCUGGGCAGAAAAUGUAGAACAUGUGAUGUGAAAAACAAUGAAGCUGAAUCGAUAUUCACUCAUCUGACAAAUGACAUUGGCACAUGUGAAAAGGCUUUGAUUAUCAUCGAGUUACAAUCUUGACUUAGCAAGCAGAUUCUGACAUCAGGACGACGCGUAUUAGCCCUUUAAAAAAAAAAAUAGCAGUUACAAAGUAUGCA